GCGCUCCGUUCGAAUUUUGACUGGCAAACCUGCGGGCUGCGAAUCGCUUUAAUAAAGUUUAUUAAACUAAAAACUGGAAUUAGUGACGUUAAAUGAUGAAUGAUGAGAAUCGUGUUUUCAGCUGUUCUAAAGAAUUAGAGAAGUGACAAGAAGAUGUUGAGACGACUUGCUCCUAGUCAGAUUGCAUUGGGGACCGGUGCUAAGAGAAAAGAUGCAGAAGAUGGUGAAUCAACAAGGGAUGUCAAAUCACUACAGAUUUCUAGAAGCAAGAAGGCACGUCAUAGCGAGUCGGGAGGGCCACAACGUACGAGCCACCUGAAGGAACUUCCUCCUGGCAUGUGCAGGUUUCGGCAACCUCUGGCAGUCAAAACAUCGUCGGCACAGGAUGGUGGUGACAGAUCGAGCAGGAUGAGUGAUCAUGAAGCCUUGAUCAAGAAGAUUUUGUCAAAGCCAUUCAAAGUACCAAUAUUAAACUACAAAGAGAGUUCCUUUGGUUCAAGGGGGCUUGGAAUUCGCAGACAAGGUGUUCGCCAACCUCUCCAUGACCCAACAGAAGAGGGAGCCCUAGUCCUCUAUUCUCCACCAGAACUGAGUGCUCAUGAAAAGCUGUCUGUUGAUAAAGAGAAACAACCUGUCCAUGUUGUUGUGGAUCCCACACUAAGUAAGGUGUUGCGUCCCCAUCAGAGAGAGGGUGUUAAGUUCCUUUGGGACUGUGUAACUGGACGGAGAAUAGAGGGCAGUUUUGGAUGCAUUAUGGCUGAUGAGAUGGGAUUGGGCAAAACACUGCAGUGUGUGACGUUGAUGUGGACCUUAUUACGACAAAGCCCAGAUUGUAAACCUGAAAUAAACAAGGCAAUAGUUGUAGCACCUUCUAGUCUGGUUAAGAAUUGGUACAAUGAGAUACGUAAAUGGCUUGGAGCUAAGGUGAAUGCUUUAGCUGUUGACUCUGGUACCAAGAAUGAGAUUGAUAAGAAUUUAGGUGCCUUCAUGCAGCAGCAGGGUCGACGGAACCCCACACCCAUCCUGAUAAUCUCCUAUGAGACGUUCAGAUUACAUGCUGAGGUCCUUCAUAAGGGCGAGGUCGGACUGGUCAUAUGUGAUGAGGGUCAUCGUCUGAAGAACUGUGAAAACCAGACCUACCAAGCACUGAAUGGCCUUCCAGGAAAGAGACGGGUCCUGCUGUCAGGAACACCUAUCCAGAACGAUCUUUUAGAGUACUUCAGCCUUGUUCACUAUGUCAAUCAGGGUAUUCUAGGUACUGCGCAGGAGUUUAAGAAGAACUUUGAGACCCCCAUCUUGCGAGGGAGGGAUUCCUGUUGCUCAGAUAGGGAGAAACAGAGGGGACAGGAGAAACUGCAGCAGCUUGCCAUUUUAGUGAACAAGUGCAUUAUUAGAAGAACAGCUUCUCUGCUAACUAAAUAUCUUCCUGUGAAAGUGGAGCAAGUGGUGUGUUGUAGACUGACUUCAAUGCAAUCCAGUAUCUACCAACAGUAUGUGAAAAUCAAGAUGAAAGAAUGUAAGAUGAAAUCACAAGGCAAGUCAUCUGUCUCUACGCUCUCAGCCAUCACACACCUCAAGAAGCUUUGCAAUCAUCCUGCUCUGGUAUAUGAUAAAUGUGUUUCAUCUAAGGAUGGCUUUCACGAUAUGCUUCAGCAUUUCCCGCCUGGCUACAACAACAAACAACUCCGACCAGAGCUUUCAGGAAAGAUGCAGGUCCUUGACUACAUCCUUGCCAUCACCAAGACUACCUCAUCAGACAAGGUUGUCCUGGUGUCCAACUACACUCAAACAUUAGAUGUCUUUGAGCAACUCUGUAGGUUAAGAGGAUAUCUAUUUGUCAGACUAGAUGGGUCCAUGUCCAUCAAAAAGAGAGCUAAGGUUGUGGACAACUUUAAUAAUCCAAAUAGCCCUGAGUUUAUCUUCAUGUUGAGUAGCAAGGCCGGUGGGUGUGGUCUCAACCUGAUAGGAGCCAGUCGUCUGGUCAUGUUUGAUCCAGACUGGAAUCCGGCCAAUGACGACCAAGCUAUGGCCAGGGUGUGGCGUGAUGGGCAGAAGAAACAGUGCUACAUCUACAGACUCCUAGCGACGGGAACGAUUGAAGAGAAGAUCUUCCAGCGUCAGGCUCACAAGAAGGCCCUCUCUAGUUGCGUAGUGGACAAUGAGGAGGAUGUCGAGAGGCAUUUCUCUGUUGAUGAGCUCAAGGAUCUAUUUAAACUCAAUGAGGGUACACUCAGUGACACCCAUGACAAGUUUAAGUGCAAUCGUUGUGUGAACAACAUCCAAGUUCGGCCUCCUCCCGAUGACUCUGAUUGCAAUAGUGACCUGUCCCAGUGGAACCACUGCGCGGAUAAACGUGGCGUAGAGGACCAAGUCCUGAAAGGGAUCUGGGCCACCAAGAAUGUCUCCUUUGUCUUCACCCACAAAUCACAUGAACAGAUUAGAACAGUCUGAGCACUCACUAUGUGUUCAAGGAAACAUUGUAUGUAUGGAGAAUAUUUAUGAGGACCAGAUAAUGAAGAACGCUUGUACAACCAAGAAUAUGUCGUCCAUCUUCCAUCAGAAGUCAUACAAACAGAUCAGAACAGCCUGAGAACAGAACUUUUUGUUUUGAUUAACAAAACAUAUGGACUAUGUUUAUAAGGAUCAAAUAAUGAAGAACACCAGAUCAUCCCAGAAUGUGUCUUUCAUUUUCCACCACAAGUCACGCAAACACAUCAGAACAUUUUAUGCAGCAUUAUAGCAGUGUAAAAUAUUGUAAAGUAGAUGAACGGAGUGGACCACUGUGGCACUUGGCAUAGAGGACCAAGU